AUGCGGUCCAAAUCACUGACCCGGGCAAUCUUGCCCUUGCUUCUGUCGCUGGGAGCUUCUGUCGAAGGGUCUUCCCCAGCAAAUAAUCGCGUUCGCCAGGCUUUCCGUCGACACACCGAUUCGGUAGCCAACUCGAGCCAGAAUGUGUACCAAACCGACUUCCCCGGAGUCACCUGGAACGAAGAGCACUGGCUUCUCACGACCACGAAUAUCCAACAGGGUAUUUUCCAGGCCAGAGGUUCUGUGGCUAAUGGGUAUUUGGGUAUCAACGUUGCGAGCGCUGGUCCCUUCUUUGAACUUGAUACUCCGGAAGACGGCGACGUGAUCAACGGCUGGCCUUUGUACUCCAGACGCCAGACCUUUGCGACAAUCGCUGGCUUCUGGGAUUCGCAACCUACAACCAAUGGCUCCAAUUUCCCCUGGCUGUACCAGUACGGAGGCGACAGUGUCAUCAGCGGCAUUCCGCACUGGAGCGGGAUCAUUUUGGAUCUGGGUGGUGACAAUUACCUGGACGCGAUGGUGGACAGCAGUGCCAUCUCUAACUUCCGAUCUACUUAUGACUUCAAAGCGGGUGUUUUGCUCUGGUCUUACCAGUGGACACCAAAAGGCAACAAUGGCUCCUAUCAGAUCACAUACCGUCUGUUUGCCAACAAGCUGUACGUCAACCAGGCUGUGGUGGAUAUGGAAAUUAUCCCAUCCACGCAUGCCGAGGGCGAGAUUGUGAAUGUACUAGAUGGCUUCGCUGCUGUUCGCACCGACUUUGUCGAGUCUGGUCAGGACGAUGGCGCUAUCUUCUCUGCGGUGCGACCGAAUGGAAUUAACAACGUCACUGCCUAUGUCUACGCCAACCUCACUACUGCAUCCUCUGGGGUGGACUUGACAUCUCGCAAGCUUGUCAAUGACAAACCAUAUGUUAAUCAGAACGCAUCAUCCAUUGCGGAAUCUGUUCCUGCGGUGCGCAUCACCAAGUAUGUUGGUGCUGCGUCCACGGAUGCCUUUGCUGACCCUAAGCAAACGGCUAAGCAAGCUUCACGCACGGCUCUGACCAAUGGAUAUUCCAAAUCGCUGCGCUCACACAUCGCUGAGUGGGCAAAUAUCAUGCCCGAAGACUCGGUUGACCGCUACUCGUUUCCUGGAAAUGGUUCAUUGCCUGCAGAUAGCAACAUCAUUGACUCUGCAAUCAUCGCUGUCGCCAACACCUACUACCUUUUGCAAAAUACCGCGGGACAGAAUGCAAUCAAAGCAGCUUCAGGUGCUCCAAUCAAUGAAAAUAGUAUCUCUGUGGGUGGUCUAACCUCCGACUCAUACGGGGGACAAGUCUUUUGGGAUGCCGAUGUUUGGAUGCAGCCCGGCAUUGCUACCUCCCACCCACAGUCGGCACAGCGAAUUACCAACUAUCGCGUGGCCAAGUAUGAGCAGGCGAAGGCCAAUAUCAAAACUUCUUUCGCUGGCUCCCAGAAUCAUACCACCUUCUCUCCAAAUGCAGCCGCGUUUCCCUGGACAAGCGCACGUUUUGGCAACUGCACGGCCACCGGUCCAUGCUGGGACUACGAGUACCACUUGAACGGUGACAUUGGCAUUUCGUUCGUCAAUCAAUGGGUGGCCAGCGGUGAUACACAAGGCUUCAAGGAGACACUUUUCCCUAUCUACGACUCGGUCGCCACUCUGUACGGCGACCUGUUGGUGCAAAACGGUUCUUCUUGGACUUUGAAGAACAUGACAGACCCUGACGAGUAUGCAAACCAAGUCGAUGCGGGUGGAUAUACCAUGCCGCUAAUUGCCGAGACGCUGAUGCACGCCAAUGCCUUCCGCCAACAAUUUGGGCUUUCUCAGAACGAGACAUGGAACCAAAUGGCUCCUGAUGUCCUUCUGAUCCGCGAGAACGGCGUUACCCUCGAGUUUACGACAAUGAACGGGAGUGCCCUUGUCAAGCAGGCCGACGUUGUUCUGAACACUUAUCCCCUAGAUUAUAGCUCUAACUACACCAUUCAAGACUCACUGAAUGAUUUGGACUAUUAUGCCAACAAGCAGUCGCCUGAUGGACCGGCCAUGACAUGGGCUAUCUUCUCGAUCGUCGCCAGCGAGGUGUCACCUUCCGGAUGUUCCGCUUACACGUAUGCUCAGUACUCGUACAAGCCGUAUGCUCGUGCGCCGUUCUUCCAACUCUCAGAGCAGCUAAUCGAUGAUGCUACUCUCAAUGGCGGUACCCACCCGGCUUAUCCUUUCCUGACUGGUCAUGGCGGUGCCAACCAGGUCGGCGUAUUUGGCUACCUUGGAUUGCGUUUGCUACCCGACGACUUCCUCCAUGUCGACCCCAACCUGCCACCGCAGAUCCCUUAUUUGAGCUAUCGGACUUUCUACUGGCGUGGAUGGCCCAUUUCAGCUUGGUCGAACUAUACGCAUACUACCAUCAGCCGUUCUACCACAACUUCGCCUCUGGAUACUGCCGAUCAGCGCUUCGCCAACCAGACCAUCCAGGUUCAGUCUGGAGCGGAGACAAGGACAACUGUCUACCAGCUACCAGUGAUAGGAUCUGUCGUCAUUCCCAAUAGACAGAUCGGAUCACAGAACACGGUUGCCGGCAACCUUGUGCAAUGCCAGCCUGUCCAGUCAUCUGAUUCAUUUGAGCCAGGCCAAUUUCCCAUCUCAGUGGUGGAUGGUGCCUCCUCUACCAAAUGGCAGCCUUCAUUUGCGGUAAACAUGAGCUCUGUCACCGUUCCACUCCCUGGGGUUGAGGUUGGCAGUAUGGUCUCGGGCUUUUUCUUUGACUGGGCACAGGCACCUCCAGUCAAUGCUACCGUGAUCUUCCACAACAAGACCAUCCAGGACCUUGCCUCGGUCUAUGCGUCCUCCACCAACAGUUCCGACUACAGUGUCGUCGCCUCUCUGUCGGAAAUCAAGCAGUCCAACCCUUACACGGCAGACACCACAAACAUUGAUACAGUUGCCAUUCCAAUCGGCAACACGACCAAUGUGACUCUGUCAUCUCCAGUGCCCGCCGCUCGCUAUGCUUCAUUGCUCAUUGUGGGCAACCAGGCUCUUUCCCCGGUGGAUGUGAAGGCUAAGAAUGGUACUGGUGCAACUGUUGCCGAGUGGGCUAUCAUUGGUCAGAACCAGCAGUCUCAGUCAAACUCGGGCAGCACCAAGCGGGCCAUGAACCGGCGCGCUGCGGCAGCAGUUGCUGGCUCGGCUGGGACUAUGCACCAGCGGCGUCAAGCCCUUCCUCUCAACUGA